GACUCGAGUCCCGUCGGCGGCCUCUUGUACCCGCCGGACGAGGCCGGCGAGUGCUCGCGUCUGGUGCACAUCCUCAUGCGUUGGCCGGCGCCUCGGGAGGCGGGGCCGACUACUCGUCUGGCUCUACGAGUAGUAGUGCACGACGUGAACGACAAUCCGCCCGCCUGGCCGGGCCUCGAGGCGCAGCGCGUCAGUUUCGUGGAGACCAACGGUCCGGCCGCGACUUCCGUCGCCUCGGACGACGCGAUGCUGGCCGGCCUGUUGCGCGGCCAGGCCAAGAGUUUGGACCGCGCCGUCGACCCGGACGCCGGGAGCAACGGGACUCUGGUCUACCAGUUGGUGGGUCGCGGGGCCGACUGGUUCCAUCUGGACGAUCCUCAGCCCCGCGCGUCCGGACAGUCCGACACUGCCGGCUUCCUCUCCGCCCCGGUGGGCUAUCAUCUCGACGGGAUGGAGGAGUCGAUGGCCCGACUGACGGACUCGACCGGUCGGCGCAUCUCCACCGGCCGAGGUCUCGAGCCCCUGCGCAUCUGGCCGACCCGACCGUUGGACCGAGAAGCGGCCGAGCUACCCCUCGACGCCCAAGGCCGUCUCAACCUCACUCUUGUCGCCAUGGACACCGGCCUACCUCGGCAGACGGGCAGUAUUCCCGUGAUCAUCACACUCGUCGACCUCAACGACCAUGCGCCGCAGUUCCAGGCGUCUCGAGGCGCCGUCCUCUCCAGUCUCGGCUCGGAGUCCGGCGGCCAGGCGGCGAUGCUCACGUACCGGCCGCCGAGAGGCAUGCCAAUCCGUGAAGGCCUGAGAUUGGGCACUUCCGUUGUCAGGCUCAACGCCACCGACGCCGAUGCCGGCUUGCACGCAAAAGUUGUCUACGAGUUCUGUCCAUGCGAGAAGACUCGAGCCAGCGAAUACUUUGCCAUCGACCCGAACAACGGAGAGAUCACUGUCGCCAAGGCUUUAGACUACGACAGGGGACCAAGACGGUUUCAUUUCAAGGCAAGCAGAAUCCUUUUAUGCAAAUAA